CUUGUUGCACAGACGCCAGACACUGGGAGGUGGGUGGGACCAGCGGAGCAAAACCCAAAUAGGGUUCAACUCCACUGUCGAAUGUGCAGCUCCAGCAGCCACCAAAAGCAAAGGAGAUGGAAGAAUUUUUGCAGCACACUAAGUCUAUUCUGAUUAAAAGAAAUGAGCUACCUCGUGUUCACGCUGUACUUGGAGAUAGAGACUGUGGUCUGGACUCUGCUGUUUCAGCUUUAGUCUAUGCUUACUUCCUUUACAAGACCCAUCCAAAAGAUCAUCUUUAUGUUCCAGUGCUGAAUGUACAAAGAUCAGAAUUUCCUCUUCGCAGUGAAGUUGUUUUCAUUUUACAACAGCUGAAUAUCUCUGAAUCUUCCUUAAUAUUCAGAGAUGAUAUUGACCUCCACAUGUUGAACACGGAAGGGAAACUAGCUUUAACACUUGUUGAUCAUAAUCGGCUGACAAGUGAUGACAAAGCACUUGAUACAGCUGUUAUCAAAAUAAUUGACCACCACGAGGAAGAGCGAAUACAUUCUGAUCACUGUGAAAUUGUCCUGGAGCCAGUGGGAUCCUGCAUCACGCUAAUAGCUUCAGAGAUUCUCCAAGGAGCUCCAGAGCUGUUAAACCAGCAAUUAACACAACUUCUCAGAGGUUUAAUUACAUUAGACUGCAUGAACAUGACUUUUGAAGUUGGAAGAGUGACUCUAAAAGAUAAAGAAAUAAUUGCUGCUCUGGAACAGAGGUUUCCUGAUCAACCUGCGUGCCAAGAGAUCUUUGAUGUUUUGCAACAAGUAAAGCUUGACGUUUCUGGUUUAUGUACUGAACAGAUUUUAUUGAAAGAUCUUAAAGAACUGCUGGAAGGAGAUACAAAGCUAGCUAUUAGCACUGUGUACAUGACCCUUGAGGAUUUCCUAUCUCGCCCGAAUCUUAUCGAUGAUUUCAAGAUUUUUACUGGAAGAUAUGGUUACGAUAUUCUUGUCUUAUUAACCGUGUUCUUUGGUGAAGGAGGUGAAGUAAAUCGGCAACUUGCCAUCUAUGCUGACAAUGAUGACCUAUGCAACAGAAUAUGCAAUACAUUACAAGAAUGUCAGAAUCCAUGUCUUCAACUGGAGCCGAUAGAAUAUGGGUUCCAGGAAAUCAGAGCAUAUCAACAAGGAAGUUCUUCAGAUUCGUGCAAGCAAAUUCUUCCAAUUAUAAAAGACUGUAUCCAUAGGAGGCAGCAAGGAAUGGUGCUGAACAGGAGAACUUCCUCCACCGAAGCUGUUAAUGGCAGCGCUCCAGUUUCAGAAGGAUCAUCUGGAGUUCUCGACUUAUCUGGUCCUGAUGUGGAUUCUCAGAACCCAGAAGAUAUCGGUGAUAACCUUCUGGAAAUUUCUCAAACUAUGAAUUCUUCUUUACAGGCCCAUGGUGAUGGUAAUUUAGAUCUUAUGAGCCCAGACAGUGGACUAGCUACCAUCAGAAGUAAUCGUUCAUCCAAAGAAAGUUCAGUUUUUCUCAGUGAUGAUAGCCCGAUCCGAGAAGCAGUUGCUCCACCAUCCAACAUUGCCCACGGAUAUGACUUGUUCAGUUCACUGCCAGAAGGUGAACUAUUGGACAAAAUUGUACCAUCAGUUGUUAAUUUGAAUAAUAAUUUUGACCUGUCUGUUCUCGAUCCAACACACUGCAAUAACCCCGAAACUGAUCUUUCAGGAGAUAAUGAAGAGUUCACGAUUACUAGUUUGCCGAACCUUGACUCCAUUCCUACAUUAUCUAAUAAUUCACCAGAUUUUCCCACAGAUGUAUCAAAGGAAGUUAGUAGAGUAACUGAACUGGUAAAGGAAGAGGAUAUCCAUGUUUACAGACAAGAACAUUCUAGAGAUAAACCAGAAAAAUAUCAAAUGAUGCAACAUUUAGUGAAUACAUCUUUAGCAUCGCAAAGCCUUCCUGACGCUCUGAUAGGAGUGGAAAUUAUAGAUGAGAAAAUUCCCCCGACCCCAAUGAACAGUCUUGUGGAAGGAUCACCCCUGGAUGAAAGUCCCCAUAAUAUUUUUGCAGAUGUAAUAGAGAAAAUGAAUGGAAUUGUCGCAGUUGAUUCUGACCAGUCAGAUUCGAAGUGUAUCAGCCAACAGAAUGAAUUUGAAGUAAGUCUGGAGUUGGCUACAGCAAGCCCAGAUGCUGCCUGGGACAGAGGUCAAAAAUCAUUAAAUGUACACACAGAACCUCCUGAUCUUUGGGCAGACUUUGCACAAGAAUUCAGUCAAUCUGAUUUUGCCCAUGGCGAUGAUAUGAAUGAAAUUGAUAUCCAGUGUAAGCAAUCAGUUCUGAAACAUGUUGAUGAUAUAUGGAAUAAUGCUGGCCAAUCCAUUUUUCAAUCCCCUUCUGCUAAACCAGAAAUAUAUGAUGAGUUGAAUGAGAGUCAAUUCAAAGAAACUACUGCGCCUCCUUUAAAUAACUUUGAUCCACAUUACAAAUUUGGAAACAAAACAUUAUUAGCAGACAUAUUCAUUACCAAUUUACCAAGACCAAAGAAUAAACAACAUAAUGUCGAUGAUCAAGAGACUGACGUUGAACGAAAGGAAAAUGCAUUUAUGUGGGAUAAAGCUAUACAGGAAGCUGUCUGGCCUUCUGAGAUGUUUCCAGAGAUAACAAAGGACUCGGAAGAGAAAUUUCAAUAUACAGACACUGAAAAUCUAGAUUUCAGCCCAGAGUCCACACAGAAUAUACCUCUUUCAUCACAAAUGUCAACAAUAUUAUAUGAUCCUGCACAGCAAGUUCAUUUUCCAAUUACCACAGAUUUAUCAAGUGGGAAUGAAUCUAUAAAUGAAAUUACCCAACCAACUGAUGAAACUUUACAUGCUUGGGCUAUAUUUGAUCAUGAAACUAGGAACCUGACUUCUGAACAUGAAAAAAUACUUUGUCCAGAAAAUGACCAAAACUUCCAAACAUCUCCACAUAGACAUGACAUAAAUACUGGUUAUGAGAAGGCAAAAAGGCAAUUAAUUUCUGAAAAUCCAGAUGAAAGUCCACAUACUCAGAGUCAACCAUUGGAACAGUACUAUGAAGCAUGUAAUAUUUCUCAGGAUGAUCUCAAUCAGUCAUUGGCAUAUCCAAAUAUUUGGAGCAGCGAAAUAGAAAGCAUGAACCACACAGGCAUACAAAUAAAGAGUGAAUCCAAACAGGGUGCUCCCCUGCCAGUGUUUAAUACCAAUGUCCUAGGAACUGAGCACAUGCAAGAUGUAGAUCAAGCUAAAAUUAGUCACAGUCGGGCAAUAUUUGAAACUGUAGGGAUACCGAAAACAGAAGGAUGCAAAUCAACAUCUCCAGAUAUUUCUGAUAAAUGGAAUGAAAUUGAACAGAGCUGCCAUUCAUCUUCUGACAGUGUGGAGGAAAGUUAUGAACAUGAUGAGGGAGCAAGUCAAGAAAGUGUAGAACUUCCAGAUAAAAUAAAAAGUUCUGAACAGCAAUUUAUAUACUCUGAAGCUGAAAAUCCAUGUAUGGCAAAUGCAAAUAUACAAGAGUGUACAGAGCUUUUCACAGGGAUGCAUCAUUCACGCAAUAUUUUGAAACAGUCUCAGGGUGAAUCAGCAUUCACAAGCCAAGGUAUAUUCAAUCCACUUGAGGAAAGCAGUCAGCCUCAAGCAAUCUAUUCUAACUUCUACCAAGAUUAUAAAAUGGAGGAUGGGUUACCAGGCUAUCAAAGUAAUGCAUUAUUUAGUUCUGUUGGAUUGGAAGUGGUGAAAGCAGAUAAUGAACAAACCUUGGCAAGUGCUCGUAUUUGGGGUCAAUCUCACCAAAGUGUAACAGAAAUGAAUAGGAGAAAUUCAGAUUUGCAGAGCAAAUCUGCUGAAGAAUUUUUGUAUUCCGACCUGGAAGAAAAAUGGAAAGAAUCUGCACUCAAAGCAAAUCAGCCAGUGUUCAAUCUUUCUGAUGUACAUUAUGAAGUUGAUCAGAGCAGCCAGCUGCCACUCUCUGAAAUGCUGCAAGCCCACUUGGCCUUUAUUGAUGCCAAGAAUCAGCCUUCAGAGGAAGGAAAACUGCAAACCAUGCAGAAUUCUGAACUCUAUAAAGAUUCUGUUCAAGAAUUUAUCCAGCCAUGUACAGAACUUGAAAUUUUGAAGACAGUUGAGCAAGAGCAGCCAGAAAUGCUUUCUGCUAGAAGGGAUGUCUGCAGUGGAUCUGAACAAGAGUUAAUUGAGGCAAGUGGAAAUAUUCCUGAUAUCGUAAAUGAUUAUUGCCAAAAUAUGUGCCAAGCUUCUGCAGCAAAACCUGAUUUGUGGGAUAAUUCCAUUAAGCUGGUUUUUGGUUCACCUACUGUAAAUCCUGACAUUUUAAAUGACUACGAGCUAGACUCCAGCCACUCAGCUUCAGGCAGUCUGGAUAGAUGGAGUGAAUAUGCCGAUUUGGAGAAACAAGAUUCUGGAAGUUCAGUUGCAUGGAUUGAUUCAGAAGGAAAAAAUGAAGAGAUUGUGACCAAAUUGCCUGAUAUAAUGGACCCUUCUAGACAACCAUCUUGCCUAGCCAUCUUGGGUGAUCAUUCUUCAAGUGAGUCGACUGAACAAACCUCUCUUACAGCAGGUUUAAUGCAGCAGGCAACCUAUAAACCUUUGGUAAUUGGGGAUUCAAACGUUCAUAUAGAACAAUUAGAUAACAUAGAGAAAUCAAAACCUGCUGAGGUGUGCGAUGAAUCAGGGCAUUAUUUUAAUACGGUAAAGAAAAGAUCUGAUGAAAGCAAAGCAUUUGAAGUUUUAAGCAAUGUUAAUUUUGAAUCUCUGCAAGAUGAACAAUCAAUUUCAAUGUACCCUGAUGCUUGGGUUCAUUUGGGAGAAGUGCCUGAAACAAUUAUGACAGAUCAGAAUUUACAAGAUAAGCAUAGAGAGGUGAUAAGUUAUUAUGAUUUGGAAGAUGACGAAUGUCCAAAACAUAGAAACCAUGUGGUGAGCCCAGAAAAUCUAGAUGCCUGGAAUCCAAUGGGGGAGGCCUCCGUUUGUGUGGAUGGUACAAUGCCUUGUUCAUGGACAGACGAUAAGCAGUUUCAAAACUCAAUUUCUGAAAAUAAUGCUUUGUACCACUUGACAAAAAAUGAAACUGUAACUCAGGACAGCAGAAUAACUGUGCUUCAAGAAGAAGAAGGAAGUGUUUCAAAAGAAAAUCCAUCAACUUUAGACCUAAUCAAUAAUUUGCAAAGUACCAAUGACAAAGAAAAAGAAAUGGAACCCUUUUUUUCAAAAUCCAGAUCUGCUGAGGACUAUAUUACUUCUGAUUUAGAUAGUCCAGUAAUUGCUUUACAUAAUUCUGAAAUGAUGGACUACUACUCUGUAUCAGAAGAAAAUCUUUUGCACAUGGAACCACUGAAAGAAGCUUUUUCAGCAGUAACAGUGGACUUUAAUUUAUGUGACACAAUUUCACCUGCAGGCAACACUACUUCCAAAACCACAAAUGAUGAGUUUGGUUGUGGAGAGAAAACUCUAUUUACUGAUGAAGAUCCCCAGCUAAGUCAUUCUGAAAUUCAAGAUUGCAAUAGCAACACUAAGCUCGAGAUGCUUAAAGAGAAUUUAGCAUUUGCCCAUAAAAAUCUAGAAAUAAUUUCAUCAAUUAGUGUUUGUGAUUCUGUCAAGCAGUCAGAUUUAUUGAAAAAUAGAACCAAAGAUGUUAAAGACAGUGACAUAUUUCCACCAGCAGAUGGCACAUCAGCACUCUCCAUCACUGAGGUAUCAAACCAAAGAAUUAUUGAAACUGAAUGUCUAACACGUGACGUGGAAAGUGAUUGGGCUUCAUUUGAAAAUACAGAUAGCAGUAGUAACAGCAAUGUGACAUCCAGUUUAUCAUCCAGUACCCACAAAUCUGAUUUUUGGGAAGAUCUCAGUCCCGAGGAUGGCAGUAUACUUGAUGCUGAAGGGAUUUCUGUUUCAGAGAGCAGUACUGAAACUGAUCCGAUAAAAGGAAAUGAAUCAAGAGUGGAAAUUGCAGAGAGUUUGACAGAGUUCUGCAACAGAGGAAAUGAUCCUCUCUUGAAACAAAAGUCUGACAUUCAGAAUGGCUUAUUGGUUUCUUCAGUCAGUUCACCUGCAACCCUAACUGCUAACAGCUCGUCAGAAAUUGAAUACUUGCCUGAACAUCAUACCAUUGUAAAUCCAAAUGAACAACAUAGCAAAGACAUUGAACUGACUUCAAACAAGGACUGCAGUGCAGGAGAAAUAGAUUAUAUAUCUUUAUCUGGGAACGAUAAACCCUUUGAAAAGGCCGAGGAUAUGCAGGUCAUCAAAAGCUUGGUUGUUGGAGAGGCAAUCCCAACAAAUAUGAAAACAGACUUUCAAGAAGGUAUGCUUUCAACAUUUCCUUCAGAUUCAACUCAACAAAUGCUCACUGGAAAUGAAACCAGUGACCUUGAGAACGUUUCCACUGAAACCCUCUCAGAGGGCCAAUUUGUGACAAAUAAUGGCCAGGAUGCAGGGGAAGAACAUUUAGAUGCGAAAAUAACCGAAAAUCAACAAAGUAAAGGAGGAAUAGAUGCAAGUGAUCGAUUCGACGGCUCAUCUGAUGAAAGUUCCAGCAGGACAGAAAUAAGUAUAUCUGACUCAGAGAAUUCUGUAAAAGAGCUAAAAGCAGCAAGACCUCCAAAUGAUGAUGCAUGCAGAGAAAAAUUUGAAGAAUCUAAGACUGAACAUAAUGUUACAGGUCAAAUGUCAUUAGAAACAAAACAUACAAAUCAUUCUGAUAAGAUUGGAUUCACAGACAAUCCACGCCAUGAUGAAAUUGAGUGCACCGUAUCUCAGUUCCCCUCCAGAGACAAUAUAUUUACAUCUGAUGCUUUAAUAGGUGUAAUAGUGGCAAAUCAGGAUAUUUCAGAAUCAACUGGAAAUCAACAAAAAAAAGAAGAGACUUCAGCUGAACAAAGUGAAUCAACUGAAGUAAGUUCCUUAAAAUGUGUGCAAAAGCAAUUAUCUCCAAGCUUUGAGUCAAUGGCACAAGAAACGGUUUGUGAACAUACUGAGGAAGUAACAGAACAGUUCCGGUCUGAAGAAUAUGCAAGAUCAUCGACAAAGGAUGUAGGAAUGGACAUCCCCUUUGAUGAGGGUUCGCCAAGUCCCUUAGCUGAAGAAAGCAGACCUGUGCCACCAAAUUCCCUGGAUCUCAAUGGAUCCCACCCUGGAAAGAAAAAGCUGACAGCUCCUGAAAUCAGCCUUUCACUUGAUCAGAGUGAAGGCUCAAUACUUUCUGAUGAUAAUCUUGAUACUCCCGAAGAUCUUGACAUCAAUGUAGAUGAUCUCGAGACUCCUGAUGAAGCAGAUUCACUGGAAUAUUCAGGGCAGGGGAAUGAACUGGAGUGGGAAGAUGAAACACCCAGUGCAAUCAAUACCGGAAGAGAAGUGGCAGAGCCUAUACCAGAGUACACAGCUGAAGAGGAACGCAUAGACAACCGGUUAUGGAGAACUGUUGUCAUUGGCGAGCAAGAACACAGGAUUGACAUGAAAGCCAUUGAACCUUACAGAAAAGUAGUUUCUCACGGGGGAUACUAUAGUGAUGGGCUCAAUGCCAUCAUUGUGUUCGCUGCGUGUUUCCUGCCUGAAAGCAACCGACCUGACUAUAAUUAUAUUAUGGAGAACCUCUUUUUGUAUGUGAUAAGUACUUUAGAGCUCUUGGUGGCUGAGGACUACAUGAUCAUUUAUCUGAAUGGAGCGACUCCACGAAGAAAGAUGCCAGGCUUUAACUGGAUGAAAAAGUGCUAUCAAAUGAUUGAUAGAAGAUUAAGAAAGAAUUUGAAAUCAUUUAUAAUUGUCCACCCAUCGUGGUUUAUCAGGACGAUACUUGCUGUUACUCGACCUUUUAUUAGUUCAAAGUUCAGCAGUAAGAUAAGGUAUGUCAGUAGCCUAGCUGAACUGGAGGAGCUGAUCCCUAUGCAACAUGUUCAGAUACCAGAUACCAUUAGAGAGUGUGAAGAAGAAAAGUGUAAAAAAAGAAGGAUGAGGUUGGAUGAAGAACUAAAAGAAGCAUCAGACACAACAAACAGAUUGUCGAUUGAAUCAGAAGCAUCUUCAGAUGAACAAGUAGCCGAAUCAACACUUGAUAAACACAUCGAGUAAUCAGUCGAACAUGGAAUCCCAACUCUCACAUAUAUUUUUGGUUCCGACUAGCAACAGCAACUCUUUCAUCCCUUCCUGAUUUACCUGUUUACCUGUUGGCUAGUCAUGUUUAAGAAGUGUUAUCUGUGAGUUAUAAAUUGAGACUAACAGUUGUGCCUGUGAAUAUAAUGUCAUAAAUAAUAUAGUGAUGAGUGGCAAUAAUAUGCAUCUACUUAAUGAAAUGUUUAUUUCAAAAUAAUUGUACAUUUAAAAAUAACACUUCAGCAUUGCCAUAUUAAAGAGAAUCUUACGAUGCCAAAUUAAAUAGUAGUGCCUCCUUUCAUCCUGCCUCCCCUUCCACCGUUGCCCAACCACUCUCCAUCACCAUCGUUCUUUGUGAACAUCGCUUCGUGAAAUUAUCUGGUUGGCAUAAGAUCCCAGCCUGGCGAAUGCCAAUGUGGUAUUUUGAAAUUGUUUCACGUUUCAGGAGAAUAAUAGAAGAGCUUUACAACGUUCAUAUGAAAUCAUUAAAAGCCAAUAUAAACCUUGUGCUUUAUUUUCUGGCAGAGAUAGAUCACGUGAGAUAUGUUUUAGAGCUUUCUCAUGUUGUCUUAAUAUACGCCUUUAGCAAAAAUAGUUUUUUUUGUGCAAAAGUUGAAGGGUGAUUUAUUUUUAGCUCAUUUUUGUUGCAGCAACUGUUUGUUCCUCUAAAAACAAAUACUUCACUGCCUGCAGUCAGUCCCCAUGUUAUGGGAGGGUUCCGCUGCUGAGACCUAUUCAUAACCUGAGUGGUAAGUUGGAAAUGAACAAAAACAUUGCAAGGGAGAGGCUCAUAGAAGCACCCAUGAUGGGAGAAUGCGCGGGGGUGGGAAGAGUGGCCGCCAUUUGGCCCCACUGACUCAGUGAGUGAACAAGCAAGUCCGGUCAGUGCCCCCAGCACUGCUCUGCUCAACCCAGCCCCCCAUUAUUGUGGUGUGGAGGAGGGUUGAGGAGAAGGAUAGGUGAAAGAUACCUGUAGCCCCCAUCGAGCCAGAAAACCCAUCCCCAUCCAUCCCGCCGGUGGCCCAAAAGCAAAUGUAUGGGGUGUCCACAGGUCCAGCAUUCAUAACCAGUGAGGGACCUAUAGUUAAAUGCAAAACAAUUUACAAAUUUGUUUUAAAAUCAGUUACAUUAACUCACUUCAUUCACAUAUCUGCACUCAUUCACAUAUCUGCAAAUACAGCUGGUGCACAAGAAAUUAAAGGUAAAGUUGGAAAGGCAACUCUCAUGUUAGGAUUUCAGAACUAGCAAUUCAAUUAAAUUAUAUUAAUAUCACAUCACAAUGAAAAUGUUUGCAUUAAAUGCAUACCUUUAAUUGAAAACAGCUGAUCCAAAUCAUAAUUCAUUUUCAUUAUUUCAAUAUAGACCCAAAAACAAAAGAUAUUUUUUUCCAGUAUAUUCAAAUUCUCCAUCAUCCUGGUUUAGUUAUGUAUCAUCAAACAUUUUCAUUGCUUGAUCAAAAUCUUGUUGCUCUCCAGAUAACAGCAGUUUUGAAGAAUCUUCACCACCUGCAGUUGAUGGAGGAGUUCUAAGCUUCUUCAAACCAACCAAGUAUGGCAAUAAAACGCUGGCUGCACCAGUGAUUCUUGAUACAUGGGCAUCCCUUUACUUCCUUAAGAUAUAGGCAUUCCUUUACUUCCUUGUUAACCUUUAAUUUUUUUGCAAAUAUAAAUCAACCUUUCACACCAAGAGCCAUUCUAGUUAGUUGAGAAAUCAGAAUAUAUUUGAGAUUGCAAAACGUAACUUUGAUUUCAAGCGUUGGUUCAAUGACCUAUUGAUUUCUGUGCUCAUUUUGAGGAAUCAAAGAUGAACUUUAUUAUUUUCAUGAUGAUUUUCAGUUUCACAAAUCCCAGGAAAAAGUUUAUUGGGGCAGAUGAUUGAAUAUUACUAGAUAUUAACUUUCAUAUUCUAAUUCUCGAGCUGCUUGCUGCUUUUUUAAAAAUCAUUUUUGCAAAGGGAAGAAACUAAUUGUGCAGUAACCAAUAGCAUACUAAUAACAGCAUAAUUAAUUAAGCUAGGCCUAAAAUAGGAAUUCUUUAUUGAUGAGAUUUUGCUCAUAAAAAGGCUUUCAAAGAGAGUAAGAAAUUAUUAAUACAGUAAGAUUAGAUAUAGAUGAGUUAAUUAAUAAAAGCAAAAGCACUGCUCCAUUUAAAUUGUAUCUUCUACAACAUAAAUUAAAACUGCUGCCAUGCUAUGGAAACCCAGGAUAGCAUUUACUGUAUGUACACAGGGGGAUUUUGCAAUAGGUUCUUUACUUCCAUGUCAAAUAUUGGAUUUAAGUAAAAUAACUUCAGCAUUAUUGAUUAAUAUAUAUAUGAAGUUGCAAUACAUGUGGUUUGAUAUUAAACAAUUUAAAUGCUAAAAGUAAAUUAGAAUUAUUCUUUUACUUGCAAGAGGUAGGCUGCAUUUAAUAUUAUUAUCAAUAUCAGGUGAAGAAGUCAUGAAAAUAUUAAUGACUACUGAGAAAAAAGGUGUCAAUUUUCUUUCAAAAAUAUUUAACUAGAAUACCAACUCUGAAAUCUCAUUCAGUGACAUCCAUUAACUAUUUAAUAUUAUCUUUCCCUUCCACAGCAGUAUGUUAAAUGCACAACUCGCUUGCACACGGAUUUAUUUCAUUUAGGAUUCCUUUCUUAAGAUCUCUGUGAUGCUAUUCUAUCAUUCAAAACUUUCUAAAUUAUCUUGCAUCAUGCUUUUGGAAUAAUUAGUUACAUGUGGUGUUGGUUUAUUCUUUUCUCUGUGAAAUAACUUAAAUUAAUCCACUUCCAUGACCAGUUUAUUUACCAAAUAAAUGUUUAGAAUCAUUUUCUCAAGAAUAUUUUUUCCUUCAAUAUCUCGUAUAUUGCAAUCUACAAAAUUCCAAAUUAUUUUCAAAAAUCAAAUCCGAGCUAUUCCUGUAAAUAAAACUUAAUUGAAAAACCUCCAGCAUUUUUCCCAUUGGAAAAUAAUGUAUUUGAUUGAUGGAAAAUCUACAUUGCAAUUAAUAAAUUAUCUGUGACUAGUUACAGAAUUUGCUACUCAUAUGUGAUGGAAGCCAAUAUAUAUUUUGAACAGUGUAAUGGAAUUCUAGAUUUCUCUUGCUAAAUUCUAUAACAUUUUCCAUUCCCAAUUUGUGGUAAUUGGAUACUAUAAAUAAAAGCCAAAACCAGAUAUGUUUUUAAUGUAUCACAGCAUUGAUGUUACUUCAUAACUGACCUCAACUUUUGGUAGAAAAUUCAUUGGACUUAACAACAAUCAAGCUGGAUAUUACCCAUUAUGUGUUCCGCAGUAUUUUAUUUAUAUUACAAUUUGUUUAAGUGAGUUACACAGUCAUUCUGUACAAUUGACUAGGUAAUUUUAAUAGUUGAAUUUUCUCUUUAUCAGGUUAAUAAACUAACUAUUGUGAUAGCAAAAAUGACAAAGAUGUUUCAAAAAGAUAUGUAAUUGCUAUAAGAUAAGAGAGUUAACAUUCUCAUUCUUUUUGUGCCAUAUGGGUGGCAUAGAAUUUGGAAAUGUGCAAGUUAAUAAUGGUAAAUCUAACUGUGAUUCUCUCUUAAGAUAGAUUUCUGUAUUAUCUUUUGUGAGAUGGAAAUGUUUGAAUCUAAAAAAAAUCCCGUUUUUCAUAUCUGUUGGUUAUAUGUUCUGAAUUAAAGAUGAUCAGCUGUUAAAAGGACACCUUUAUUCUUGGCAGAGACUACAGUUUCACUGAAGGAAGAAACACCACCUGAAAUGUAGUUAUUUUUGGCUGUCCAACUGCCGUGGCUGAGGAAGGAUCUCUGUUAUAGUUACCAUAAAUCACUAUUACUGAAAAAUCUGUGGCAAGGUGAUCCUUUAUGGAAAAAAAUGUGAGACUGCAUAACCUUAUAAAGAAUAGUAAUUUGCACUAUUAAAUGCCAUGCUCUUCUAUAUAUUGCAUUGGGUUUUUUAUGUGACCUUAACGAAAUAAGCAAUUAAAGUAAUGCAUAUGCUGUGAAUUGGGAAGUGCUUAAUGAAGUUACUCCUGGAGCUUUCAAUAAAUAUCAAUGAAUUAAU